UAACGGCCCCGGAGCUCUGUGCACUCUCGCCCUCUCGUAGUGUGUUUUCUUGCCUCCCCCUCGGCUGCUUCUCUUCCCACAGCUCCGCCAUUAAAGCCCGUCAGCUCGGUGUUUGGGAACCGGGGAAGAAGAAGAAGGAGCGAAAAUGGUUUAAAGCGUCAAAGGAAGACGGCCGAGGGACGGGACUUUGGGGUGGGGGGGAAUGUACGGACGGACCUUCGACUGGCGACUAAUAUGCGGCUUGUUUUGGCCAAGUGAGAGAAGCCUGAGUUCGAAUUGGAGUGGGUUUCUCUGGCCGGGGGGGCGGGGGAGCUCCGGGGAAGCUCCGUUUGUUUUGGCCGCCGUGUGAAAGUAAGGAGUGUAAACACAGCAGAGCUAAGUGCUGUGUGAUCUCCUUGAGAGUGGAUCCGCCGUGCUGAGUGCCCCUCUGAACGGCAGGAAGCCUCCUUCAGCGGCGGUGCGACGAUGACCGAGCUGGUUGCCAAGUGGGCCUGUGAAUACUGCACAUACGAGAACUGGCCGUCAGCCAUCAAGUGCACCAUGUGCCGCGCUCAGAGGCCCAGCGGGGGUGCCAUCAUUACUGAGGAGCCCUUCAAGAGCAGCCCUGCACUGGAUGCUAGUCUGCACCAGUGGGACCCUGCAGGCCUUAGCAACAGUCCACCCCAGGGAGGCUCCAGCUUACUUAUUUGUCCAGACUCCAGUGCCCGACCCCGUGUUCGCAUUGCUGAUGUACCUGAGACCAGUAGCAAGUGGUCGUGCCAUAUGUGUACCUACUUGAACUGGCCUCGGGCCAUCCGUUGCACCCAGUGCCUGUGCCACAGGCAGCACGCUCAACAACAGCAGCAUGGGCAGCAUGCUACACAUCAAGGACAUCACACCCACCAGCCACGCAGCCCCACUGAGUCACCCCAGACCUCAGGCUCUGGAUGUCGCCCUGCUCCCCUGGCCACCACUACAGACCCGUGUGAGGAAUAUAAUGAUCGAAACAGGCUUAACACUCACGCACAGCACUGGACCUGUGCUGCCUGCACUUAUGAGAACUGGGCAAAGGCACAAAAGUGUGUGGUGUGUGACCACCCCAGACCCAAUAGUCUGCUAACGGAACCCAUCGAACUGGCCUCAGAGCCUGAGAGUCAGCAACCUUCCUCAAAACUAAAUGAACAGGACAGAGACAACAGGAGAGGUGUGGUUGGGCAAGUAGUUGGGAAUGUGGUAGGUAGUGUAGGGGGUUGUAGCAGCAGCCAACGGAGGUCUCCUCCGAUAUCAAAACGGGAAUCGGAGCUGAACAUGGACUUUCAGAGAAUUGAAUUGGCUUCAGGAGCUGGAAUUGGGAGUAAAGAGGAGCUGGAGGUGGAUUUCAAAAAACUGAAGCAGAUUAAAAACAGGAUGAGAAGGACUGACUGGCUCUUCCUCAAUGCCUGUGUUGGUGUUGUAGAAGGCGACCUGGCAGCUGUGGAAGCCUACAAGUCAUCAGGAGGAGACAUUGCACGGCAGCUAACGUCGGACGAGGUGCGCCUAUUAAAUCGGACUUCGGCGUUUGACGACGGCUUCACGCUGGUUCACCUCGCCAUCCGCUUCCAGAGGCAGGAUAUGCUGGCUGUGUUACUCACAGAGGUGUCCCAGCAGGCAGCCAAGUGUAUACCAGCCAUGGUGUGCCCGGAGCUAACGGAGCAGAUCCGUCGGGAGGUAGCGGCUUCUCUUCACCAGCGCAAGGGCGACUUCACCUGCUAUUUUCUCACUGACCUGGUGACCUUCACCCUGCCUGCAGACAUUGAGGACUUGCCCCCUGCAGUUCAGGAAAAACUUUUUGAUGAGGUGCUGGACCGAGACGUACAAAAGGAACUUGAAGAGGAGUCUCCCAUCAUCAACUGGUCCCUGGAGCUCGGGACAAGGUUAGACAGUCGACUGUAUGCCCUCUGGAACCGCACGGCCGGGGACUGUCUGCUCGACUCCGUGCUGCAGGCCACGUGGGGCAUCUACGACAAGGACUCUGUGCUGCGCAAGACCCUGCACGACAGCCUGCACGACUGCUCUCACUGGUUUUACACACGCUGGAAGGAGUGGGAGUCGUGGUAUUCCCAAAGCUUCGGCCUGCACUUUUCACUGCGGGAGGAACAGUGGCAGGAGGACUGGGCUUUCAUCCUCUCCUUGGCCAGUCAGCCGGGAUCCAGCUUGGAGCAGACCCACAUUUUUGUUCUUGCACACAUACUUCGUAGGCCCAUUAUUGUCUACGGGGUGAAGUAUUACAAAAGUUUCCGUGGAGAAACACUCGGGUACACCCGUUUUCAAGGUGUGUACUUGCCCCUCUUGUGGGAGCAGAGUUUCUGCUGGAAGAGUCCCAUCGCUCUGGGCUACACGCGGGGCCACUUCUCAGCACUGGUGGCCAUGGAGAACGACGGCUUUGACAAUCGUGGCGCGGGCGCCAACCUGAACACGGACGACGACGUGACCGUCACGUUCCUGCCGCUGGUUGACAGCGAGAGGAAGCUGCUUCACAUUCACUUCCUCUCGGCGCAGGAAAUGGGAAAUGAAGAGCAACAGGAGAAGCUGCUGCGGGAGUGGCUGGACUGCUGUGUGACUGAGGGCGGAGUCCUGGUGGCUCUUCAGAAAAGCUCCCGCCGACGCAACCACCCACUCGUCACACAGAUGGUGGAGAAGUGGCUGGACGGCUACAGGCAGAUCCGGCCCUGCGCCUCUUUGUCUGACGGCGAAGAGGAGGAGGAGGAGGACGACGAGUGAUUAAACUGAAGCAGAGGGAGAAGGGGGGGUGCAGGACUCAUCCCCCUCUUCUCCAUUACUGAAUUUAAUUUUAUUUUUUUUCCCCCCUGACACGGACAAACUGUGAAAGCCUUUCAGGAGAGGACAGGAAACCACAUCCACCUUUUACCAGACAACACACUCACACCACAACUGAGACUGACAAAAACUCCACUGCUGCGAAACAUAGAAUCAUGGGGGAGAGAGAGAGAGAGAGAAUGAAAGGUUUACAAAUGCUAAAAAUAAAACAACCUAUUGAUUUGUUGUGAAAAAUUUAAAAAGGAAAAAAGGAAUCUUUAUCUAUAGAUGUAAAAUGCAUGUGGUUGUAAAAAAUAAAAGAGUAUAAGGAAAAUAUACCAGCAUUGAUUCAAAUCAACUUUAUAUCCGUUCAGUGUGGGCACUGACAAAAGCACACUUACAAAAUAAGGUGUUUUUUUUCCAGUUUGCUUAUCAUUUCUUUUCUCCUUUUUUUUUGUUUUUUUAAACGGGCAGGGACAAAGCCAAUAUCAUUAUCUUAAGAGAAGUGGAGGUUGUGGAAUAGAAAAUGACUUUAAUCCUUCUUACUAAGCACUGCACAUUUAUUAAAAAGAAACAUUUCUAUAUAAAUACAGUACCAUUGCUUGAAUUAAGGUCAUUAUAUGAAGCUGUUGUGAAAAGGAGUCAAAUCUCACUAAGGUUUUUAGCACACAAACAAACAUCAUGUUGGAUAUUUUGGUUUACCUUUUUUUUCCCAGACUGACUGAGCUGAGAGUGUGUGUGUGAGAGGGAGAGAGCGUGUGUGUGUGUGUUUGGGGUUGUUUUUCUCUGAACCUAUUCUACAUAUUUAUUGUUUGGAAACUUAUUUGAGCUAAUAAGAGCUUUCUGUAUAUUUUCUUCUUUUUGUUUUGUGUUUUUUUUGUUAAUUAUUCUUAAUCUCGAUGAAGACAUGUUGCACAGAAAACACUGUUGCUGUGAGGAAAGGUGUUGUGUGCGAUUUAGUACCUCAUUUGGAUGCCUAAAAUCUGGUGCUCUUGUUUGUCUGUUUAUUUUAAGGUUUUGCGGGAGUGAGAUGCGUUUCAUUGUCGACAUAAACCCAGCGUUUCGCUUGUGUCACUGAAGUCUGUUCUUUUCUUUGUCACCCUCAUGGUACACGUUACUUCACUUUCCCUUUAAGUUCAUGAUUAAGGUUGUUGUGAGGCUGCAACAUAUAAAAACCAAAGCUGACAGAAAAAAACAAAAAAUUAGUUUUCCUUCUACGUUAAUUUCUUCUUUUUUUUUGCUGUGAAUGUUUGCAAUUUGUUUUUGUUGUUCAUUGCGUACUGUAACCUCUUUCGUGUGUCAUCGAGUCAUGAGCAUUUUGAGCAUCACCUGUAUGUUGCUUUAUAUUUAUGCAAUAGUUGCAGUUGUGACUGAUGGUUUGUGGAUUUAGGCCUGACUUCACUAUAUGGAGUGUAACGCAGAGAAAAGGUAAAAUAAGAGAAAAAAAACAAUAAUAAAGGAAAAACCUUUUUUGAAUGUCCAACUCA